ACGAAGAAGGAGAAGAACGACAACAACGGCAACAACACUACUAGCUAUGCCGUCUGAUACGAAUCGUAGUAGAAGCCUAGAAGGUAGUCGUGGAAGGAGCGGGCCCGUCAGUGGACGUCGUGCAUGCAUGCAGAAACCCCACCGACGAGGUCCACCGAGCAGAGAAACACCGAGAAAGACAGCUGAAUGAAAACAAGAAUACAGUACAAUCAAAUGGAGAAAAUAGUCAUAAUUCAUUAACGGAUUUAACCAGACGAGACGUUAACAACAUAACGUUGGGGAUCAGUAUUGUGGAAACCAACCAUUGGCGGACGAGAGGCUGAAGAUGUGGAACUUACCAGUCAUUUUGGUACCAUUCUACCAGUGCCAUGUUUAGAGCUGUUUUAUUUGCAUCCUGGCGCGCCAGUUGGACCCUUCUUCUUUGGUUGUUCAUUUUCAUCCUCAUCGUGCUCCUCUUGAAGUGCAUCAAGUCCUUUCUUCUCUCCUUAUCUGACAUCUUCAACCCCAACGCCCUUACCGAAGCUUGUGAACCGCGGGUAGGAGCGCAUCCGUCGAGGGUGGUUCACCAACCGGGUCUGCCAACCCAAACGAAUCGCCGAGUGGGAACCAUUCCCCGACCAACUCAACGAGAGGCCUAUGACGACCUGUAUUCGCGACCUCCACGAGCGACCUAUUCCGUGGCGUCCGAAACGAACCGACCCAAUUCAAGACACCUGCCCUAUUCCAUAUCCAACAACUUGAACAUUCCUGAUAAUCCUCCUCGAUACGACCAAAUUACCUCCGAUCAAAGAAAUAUCGCGGGACCAAUACCUAAGUCUCCUGAGACUGGUGAAGUUGAGGCCCCACCUACCUACGAGAGUCUAUUUCCGGGAGAGGACCGCUCAGCGGCGAGUGAUUUAGAUCCAACAAAACGAACACAAGCUCCCACAUAAGAUGCCGAGAUCUCCGAUCGUCAUUUAUUUGGCGUGGAUCGUCGUGUUCUUCGGGGUGCUGCUGUUUCUCCGAUUUCUCAGAGUUUGGCUUCUGAAGGCGUGGCUGGAAGAAGUCGGUCAGAACUAUGCCCAAUCGGAAGUCGAGCGGGCCCGAGUGGAGACGGUCCAAGAAAUUUGUUCCAACAUGGAACAGAAUCGGAGAGCCGCACGUCUAAGGCAAGGGCUGCCAUCAACUAACGCUAAUGCAGCCGCUGACUAUCCACCUCCGAAGUAUGAGGACGUUGUGGGAUCUGGCCCUGUCUCCGCUCAAUCACCUUCCGCAUUAACAUUGCCUUCAGAAUCUCGAAGUGGAAACGCAUCGGAUUCGACCGACGUCAAGAUUGACAUCGAGCCUGAAAUUGAAAUUUGUGAAGAGGACAAACCUCCAGAUUACGAAUCUUUAUUCUUCGAGGACGCCCUUGCCAGAUCCAAAUUGGAUCGUUCUGAAUAGCCCUAAAAUAUCAGAUCACAUGAACGACAAAUACGAGUGCACCAAGUAUACAAGUAUAUCAUACCUGCAGAUACUUAAUCUAAGUACCUUUACUUGUGGGAAGAGAAAAAAAUGUCACAUCAAUCAUUAGUUUUCACAUAAAGAAAAUGCCUUGCCCAA